UCAGGGCACAGUGCUCGUGAACGGUGCUAUGCUGCACCCGUUGCUGGCCCGCCACGAGCCAAACAUCGACCGCCACCUGGCACACCUGGAGGAGCGGGGGAGGGACGUGGCUGUGCAGUGCUGGCGUGGCAUACUCUGGUGCUCGACUCGAGGAGCUGAUUGCUUACAUGGCGUCCUGAGAGGGAUGGAGGGGAGUGGGAGGGGGGAAGGAGAGGAGGGGCGGGAGAGAAGUUGAGGUGAGGGGAAGUGAGAGGGGGGAUGGGGCGCGGGGGAGGGAGGACGAGGAGCAGGAGGGGCUGAGAGGGAGGAGGAAGUAUGUGCAGCAGUACGAAAGGGAGGGGGUGCAGUUGAGGUGUGCAGCGGGUGACGGGGUGAUGGACAGGGCGGGUUAUGAGGCGUGGCUGCAGCGGGAAGAGACGGAGCGCGUGGGUGAGGGGAGAGGGGAGAUGCAGCAGGGGGGCAUGCAGAGGCAGGGAGUGCAGAGGCAGGGAGUGCAGAGGCAGGGAGUGCAGAGGCAGGGAGUGCAGAGGCAGGGAGUGCAGAGGCAGGGUGUGCGGUGCAGGAACGUGGAUUUCGGACUGUGAGGUAGGGCGUCACAGGACGAGCAGCAGGUCUUUCUGCCUCUGCUGCCCCCGCUGGUAGUGCUGGCAGAAUCUAUCGCGCAGCUGCUGGCAGGGCUGGUAACAGUGCUGGUGGCGGCGGGUGGGGCGGAAGGCACCUGGCAGCAGGCCUUGCUGGUCUGGGCCGCUUGUUAAGCCCCUCCGGCAAACGGCAGCAGCACCGCAACCCACCAUGCUGCACGGCACGCUGCCACCAGCAGCAGUGCUGCCAGCUGGAGCUGCGGGUGAAGAUGGAGUUGGCUGCACUGCUGACUUGACGGUGGCGGGUUUGAUGAUGUGGUACCGGACCAGGUGGCUGACGUGGCAACAGCAAUGGUGGUAUGGGAGACAUCGCCUCAUCCCAGUGGCAUCGACCUGCAUCCGCGGCAGUCCAGCGGCAGAAGCAGCAGUUCUGGGGCGGCUGAUAGAAGCAGUUCUAGGGCGGCUGAUAGAAGCAGGUUGGCUCUUGGCGCUCCUGUGGCUGCCAUUGGGGGGGGGGGGGGGGAGGAAGCAUGUGGGACUGGCCUGGUGGGCACUGCAUUAUCUAGCAGUGGCAGCUCUUGAGACGGCUUCAAAAUGAUUAUUGCAGCCACGAUGGCGAGUGUGAUGGAUGGCAGGGCUGGCUGUGAGGCCAGGGGAAAUGGACUGAACGUUGUGGUCAUGUGGGAGUGAAGGGAAAUAAAAGGGAUGGGUGGUUAUUUGGCAACAAGGACUGCACGCACAUGCUGGGUUGAAGAGAGUGUUUCAUACUGAGUGCUUCGGUCAGUCCUGCCAGAGCUGCCGCUUUGUUCCAUACCGCCUCUUAGUGCCACCUGAAGUGCGAGAGGCUCAGCAACUGGGGACAAUUCUAUCUGGCCGAUAACCAGCCCCUAUUCCAGCAGCCUCUUGCUGUUGCUGGCCAGCUCAGGGUUUAGGGUAGUGUAGUGUGCCCCCCUGUUGGCACUGUAGAUUCAAUCAUAGUCAUGUGCGCUAUUAUCUGUGGCUGUGUUCCAUGUAGCUUUCGAUAGAAGUGUAUGCCAACAAACAUAUAUUCUGUAUAUACAUCUAGUUUGUUUAGACAUGUUUGUUAUAGCCUAGCUAGGUCAGUUCU